GGUGAAGAGAAUGUUACUGAUGGCGUAAGGAGUUGAGAAUCUGCUGAGAUGGAAAGACACAGCACAGCAACAACAAGCAAAAAAAAAAAAAACCAAAAAACCCCACAACUGAAUUAGAGAGUCAAUUCCAGUAGUGCCACUUGGAUUAAUUUGGACAGACAUAUGGGAUGCAUGCUGUUGUACCAGCCUGAGUGCUUCCAGCUCAAUUGCCAGUCAUUGACUUCCAGGGUAUGAGCUUCUCUUCCAGGAUUUUCUAUAGAAAAACAGAAGAGGUGCUUCUUGCAUCUGAAGAGUUAAAUGUUGUGCGUGUGCAGAAGAAGCGACAGCUGAAGAAAAGCAUGUUCCCCUUUUGAAGAGUGAUCUUGGCUCCAGAGUUGAGGCUGUUGAGGUGGUAUAACUGUCUCCAGAAAGUUACAGAAGAGAUGCUAUAAAAGCACUAGUUGAAUUCUCUUGGCCUUGCCCUUUGUGGUAUUCCACGUCAGUGAUGAGGAAGUGUACUGCAAACCUUACAUCUAGAGCAGGUUGAGCAACUGAGGUGAAAUUAGUUUGGGGAUGUGAAUACAAUGAGUGUAAACCAGCAUACUCACGCGGGGCCUCCUUAUGGGCAACCUCAGCCUGGAUAUCAGGGCUACCAGCAGCCUGCCUACGGAGGACAGCCAUUGCCAGGGGUUCCUCACGCACAGUAUGGAGCUUAUAAUGGUCCGAUGCCAGGAUACCAACAGCCAGUCCCUCCACAAGGUUAUUUUCCUUCCUUGGGGUUCCCUUCGAAGGGCUCUCCUGUUUCUCUCAACUCUGACACUUCUCUUGCACCUAAUCUCAUAGGUUCAGUCAGAGCCCUUCCAACUUCCGGAGCUCCCCCUCCAGCCAGUGGAACAUCUCUUCCUUCUGGCCACCAGGGGUACAGUCAGUUUGGACAAGGAGAUGUGCAGAAUGGGAUCCCAACCUCAACAGCACCAAUGCAGAGGCCGCCUGCUUCUCAGCCGUUCCUGCCAGGCUCAGCACCUGCGCCUGUCAGCCAGCCAUCUACGUUCCAGCAAUAUGGUCCCCCUCCAUCCAGUGUACAGCAGCUCAGCAAUCACAUGGCAGGGAUGACGAUUGGCAGUACUUCAAUCUCUGCUCCUCCCCCAGCUGGACUGGGAUAUGGUCCCCCAACAUCGGUUCCCCCGGUCUCAGGGAGCUUCAGUGCAACAGGAUCUGGUCUCUACACACCGUACACUGCGAGCCAAGGACCCCCUCCUCCCAGUGUGCCUCAGGGUCUUCCUUUGGCACAGCCUCCCUUUUCUGGUCAACCAGUACCAACUCAGCGCUUACCUACUGAAGUCCCUGGUUUUGCUCCGCCUCCGUCUUCUACGGGGAUUGGACCUUCCUCUUACCCUCCUUCCACAGGUGCCCCAAGGCUGCCUCUCAUGCCCGGCCCACCGCUGUCUGGGCAGACAGUUGCUGGACCACCGAUGUCCCAGCCUAAUCAUGUGUCCUCACCACCACCCCCAUCAACUCUGUCAGGGCCUCACCCAGGGCCUCCCAUGAGUGGCCUUCAUGGACCACCUCCACCCACUCAUCCUCCUCAGCCAGGAUAUCAAAUGCAGCAGAACGGUUCCUUUGGACAGGUGAGGGGCCCCCAGCCAAACUAUGGCGGAGCCUAUCCAGGCACACCAAAUUAUGGAAGUCAGCCUGGACCACCACCACCAAAACGCUUGGAUCCAGAUUCAAUUCCUAGCCCUAUCCAAGUGAUUGAAGAUGACAGAAGUAACCGUGGAUCAGAACCAUUUGUCACUGGAGUGAGAGGGCAGGUCCCACCUCUCGUUACUACCAAUUUCCUGGUCAAGGAUCAAGGUAACGCAAGCCCCCGCUAUAUACGAUGCACAUCUUACAAUAUUCCCUGCACCUCAGAUAUGGCCAAACAGUCCCAGGUUCCUCUAGCUGCUGUCAUAAAGCCGCUUGCUACUCUACCCCCAGAGGAGACCCUUCCUUAUUUGGUGGACCAUGGAGAAUCUGGUCCUGUCCGAUGCAAUAGGUGCAAGGCCUACAUGUGCCCUUUUAUGCAGUUUAUUGAGGGCGGAAGGAGGUUCCAGUGCUGUUUCUGCAGCUGUGUCACUGAGGUGCCAGCUCACUACUUCCAGCAUUUGGAUCAUACUGGAAAGCGAGUAGAUUUCUAUGAUCGACCUGAGUUAUCACUGGGUUCAUAUGAGUUUCUGGCAACAGUUGACUACUGCAAGAAUAACAAGUUUCCCAGUCCACCUGCUUUCAUUUUCAUGAUUGAUGUGUCUUACAAUGCUGUGAAGAGUGGCUUAGUGAGACUAAUAUGUGAAGAAUUAAAGUCAAUCCUAGAUUAUCUGCCCAGGGAAGGCAACAUGGAGGAAUCGGCCAUUCGAGUAGGCUUUGUCACUUACAACAAAGUAUUACACUUCUACAACGUGAAGAGCUCGUUGGCACAGCCACAAAUGAUGGUUGUCUCAGAUGUGGCAGACAUGUUUGUGCCACUCCUCGAUGGCUUUCUGGUGAAUGUGAAUGAGUCCAGGACAGUUAUUGCCAGCUUGCUGGACCAGAUUCCAGAAAUGUUUGCAGACACAAGAGAAACAGAAACUGUUUUUGGACCUGUGAUCCAAGCAGGGCUGGAAGCACUGAAGGCAGCUGAGUGUGCUGGCAAGCUCUUCAUUUUCCACACCUCUCUGCCCAUUGCAGAGGCCCCAGGGAAGUUAAAGAACAGAGAUGAUAAGAAACUGAUCAACACAGAUAAGGAGAAGACUUUGUUUCAACCUCAGACAAGCUUCUACAACAAUUUGGCCAAGGACUGUGUAGCCCAGGGCUGUUGUGUGGAUCUGUUCCUGUUUCCAAACCAGUAUUUGGAUGUGGCAACAUUGGGUGUAGUAACUUAUCAGACAGGAGGCUCCAUUUAUAAGUAUGCGUAUUUCCAGCUUGAGACAGACCAAGAUAGGUUCCUGAAUGACUUAAGAAGAGAUGUCCAGAAAGAAGUGGGGUUUGAUGCUGUGAUGAGAGUACGUACAAGCACAGGCAUUCGAGCAACUGACUUUUUUGGAGCUUUUUAUAUGAGCAACACAACUGAUGUGGAGAUGGCAGGCUUGGACUGUGACAAAACAAUCACAGUUGAAUUCAAGCAUGAUGACAAACUGAGUGAAGACAGUGGUGCGCUCCUCCAGUGUGCUCUGCUAUAUACAAGCUGUGCAGGGCAGCGGCGACUUCGGAUUCACAACCUCUCACUGAACUGUUGUACACAGCUUGCUGACCUCUAUCGAAACUGCGAGACAGACACACUUAUAAAUUACUUGGCUAAAUAUGCAUAUCGUGGAGUUCUGAAUAGCCCAGUAAAGGCUGUACGAGAUUCACUGAUAAAUCAGUGUGCCCAGAUCCUGGCUUGCUAUCGAAAAAACUGUGCUAGUCCAUCUUCUGCUGGCCAGCUGAUUCUUCCUGAAUGCAUGAAGCUGCUUCCUGUCUACUUGAAUUGUGUGUUGAAGAGUGACGUCCUUCAGCCUGGUCCAGAGGUCACAACAGAUGACCGUGCCUACAUUCGUCAGUUAGUCACAUCCAUGGACGUGGCAGAAACAAAUGUCUUCUUUUAUCCCAGGCUUUUGCCCCUGACCAAAGCAGAUGUUGACAGUGACUCCUUACCGGCAGCAAUCCGAAACUCAGAGGAACGUCUCUCCAAGGGUGACAUCUACCUGCUGGAGAAUGGGCUGAACAUCUUUGUGUGGGUGGGAGUGAACGUGCAGCAAGGCCUGAUCCAGAACCUCUUUGGAGUGUCAUCCUUCAGUCAGAUUAGCAACACCUUGAGUACCCUGCCUGUCCUGGAAAACCCCUUUUCAAAGAAAGUACGGUCUAUUAUUGACAUGCUUCACCUGCAGAGAUCCCGAUACAUGAAGUUAAUAAUUGUGAAGCAAGAAGAUAAGCUGGAAAUGCUCUUCAAACAUUUUCUGGUGGAGGAUAAGAGCCUAACUGGGGGGGCUUCAUAUGUGGACUUCCUGUGUCACAUGCACAAGGAGAUUCGGCAGCUACUGAGCUAGAGGAGGGAGUGGUGCUGGAACUCAGCAGUGACAUUUCAGUCUUCUCUAAUGAUCUGAUCGGAAGGUCCAGCGCCCUCAAAAAGGACAACAUAGAAAUCUGUACAAUUCCAUAAUUUUUAAUACACAUGACAUACGCAGAAAUCCUUUCAACCUCUCCUGGUCCCAUAUGAGAGAUGAAUUCUUUUUCCUGGUGAGGGCUAAAAAAACAAAAACAAAAACAAAAACAAAAAAAAAAAAAAAAAAGGGCCUUUGAUACCAGGUCUUUUACUUGUAUCUAAAUUGUUUCCUGUGCUUGGCAGGAGUUCACCCCCCGCCCCAUGCUCGCUAAUCCCGUUGUAAUGAAUGUAGGUUUUUUUUUUUUUUCAGUUCACUGUACAUGAUUCAACAUUGGGUGAAAAAGCGAUAACUUCAAAAUU